UCAAUUAAUGACCCAAACUGUCGGAAAUGAAAAGAUUAAGUGAAGAGGAUUUUCAGCCCAAUCACGGCUGUUUUACAGCCAAGAUUCCAGCUCAGCCAUUCAUUGCCUUUCCUUUUAUUCUUUUUUCAAUUUACUAUAAAUUGGGCAUAUGUAUGUUUAUUCAAGCAUGAACUCAGUAAUCAAAAACAUUUUUUAUCUCUAUACCUGUUGUUAUGGUAUCAGAGCAGUGUUUCUGAUUCCUGAACACUUUGCUCAUCAUCUACAAUCUAUCCCAGCCAAUCCAACCUCAAACCAGAAAACUCAAAAAUCAAAAUCAAACCCCGGAAAAAUCAACAAACAUCCGCUGCAUCUGCUUCACAACCGUACAAGCCCACACUUCACAACCGUACAAGCCCACACUCCUCUUCUCCUCUCUAACCUCCGGUCGCCGGAGACCCACUCCGACCAACAGCAGAUUCCGACCGCACCUCAGACCAAACGAUACCCCCUCUUCCUCACCAUCUGCUUUCACCCACAAUCCGUGAAGCCUUUCCUCUUCUUCACCCACCUCCUCAAACAAUUAGACACCACAUCCGACACCGACAGCCGGUGGCUCCGCCUCUCUCCGCUGCCGCCGCCGCCGCUGCUGUUAGUACCAUUCUCAUCUUUCAUCUUUUUUUCAACUUUAGCCCUCAAAAUUCAAAAUAUUCCUUCAAGGAUCGACGUAGGUUCUUCAAAAAGAUAAGAGAUUUCAUAAGAUUUGAUGUGGGUAUGUCAAAAGAUUACAGAUCUUUCAAGAUUUGAUGUGGGUUUUUCGAAAGAUUACAGAUUUCACAAGAUUUGCUGUUGUCUUGUGGUGGAUAAGGACAUCAGAACUGGAAAGAUAAUUGGGCGUGGCACUGAACGACAUGGCUUAUACUAUGUGGAUGAGGUGACUCAGUCAGGGACUGCGAUGCUCGCUCACGGAACAAAGAGUAGAGAAGCAUGGCUUUGGCAUAGGAGAUUAGGGCAUCCUUCUGCCGGGUAUCUACAUCUUUUACUCCCUACACUUUUCCCGUCAAACAGUAAAUUAGACUGUGAAACAUGUGCCUUAGCCAAAAGCCAUAAAAAACCUUUCAAACCAAGUAACACUAGGGUCAGUGAACCCUUUUCACUAAUACAUUCUGAUGUUUGGGGUCCAGCUGAAACGAAUGGAGGUCAAAAUCUUCGUUUCUUCCUAUUAUUUGUUGAUGACUGUACCCGGAUGACAUGGGUAUAUUUUUUAAAACACAAAUCUGAAGUUUUCGACAAAUUUAAACUGUUUUACACCAUGGUCCAAACUCAAUUUAAAACCAACAUUCAGAUCUUAAGAUCUGAUAAUGGAGGGGAGUACGUUAAUACCUCCAUGAAACAAUUUAUUCAAGAGAAGGGAAUGAUUCACCAAACCACUUGCCCAAAACACCCAGAACAAAAUGGUGUAGUUGAGCGGAAAAAUGGCAUUUUGGUAGAAAUGGCCCGAGCCCUUAUGCUUGAAUCCAAAGUCCCUAAAUCUUUUUGGCCCGAAGCUAUAAACACAGCUGUGUAUCUCCUUAACCGUUUACCAACCAAAGCCCUUGACCUAAAAACUCCCCUAGAUACCUUAUCCACAUUCACCAAACUACCCCCACCUCUUACCUUACCACCUCGUGUCUUUGGGUGUACCGUGUUUCCCCAUAUACCCAAAACCGAACGAUCCAAACUUGAUCCAUGUGCCGAAAAAUGUGUCUUUGUUGGUUAUGGGGUGAAUCAGAAAGGAUACCGAUGUUAUAACCCAUCACGACGUCGUGUGAUUACGACUGUCCACUGCGACUUUCUUGAAACAGAAUAUUACUAUCAGUCCCACCUCAGUGGUCAGGGGGAGAUAGAACAUGAAGACUCACUGAGUUGGUUGAAGUUGAUUCCAUUUGCAAGCGAAGAUGAGUCAUCUCAUACAUCCACACAUACUAAGCCUGUCGAAAGUCUCACCCAAGAAUCAUCCAGACUGGUGUUCGAGGUAAGUGAUUCUCCAAACCUUGGAAAUGUGCCUGAAUCUAAUGCAGAUACCACUAAUAAUCAGGAAAGUCUCGAGACAAUGGAACAGGUGGAGGUUGCUGAGCAAAACAACGCAGUCCAAGGAGAAAUCGAAUCUAAUGAACAACAUGACGGAGGCUCUGGAACAACACCGGGAACAUACGUUUUACCUCCUAGAACCAAUAGAGGGGUUCCUCCGAAACGGUACUCCCCAGAAAGGGAAACCAGAAAUUCAAGGUAUCCUACAGCCAAUAUGGUUGACGGGAACUUAUCUAACAGUGCGAAAGCAUUUGUUACCUCACUAUACUCCGAACAAAUACCGAGUUCCGUGAAGGAAGCCCAGAGUAAGAAGAAUUGGAAGGAAGCAAUGGAAACGGAGAUGCGUGCUCUUAUGAAAAACAACACGUGGGAGAAGUGCGUUCUUCCUAAAGGAAAGAAAACUGUUGGAUGUCGGUGGGUGUAUUCAAUCAAAUAUAAACCAGAUGGUUCCAUUGGAAGAUACAAAGCUCGGCUCGUUGCCAAGGGUUACACUCAGACGUAUGGGAUCGAUUACUCUGAGACGUUCUCUCCAGUUGCAAAAAUGGACACCAUCAGAGUCCUCUUCUCUGUGGCAGCCAAUAAGGAGUGGCCUCUCCACCAGUUUGAUGUUACAAACGCAUUUCUCCAUGGAGACCUAACAGAAGAGGUUUACAUGGAAGCACCUCCAGGCUUCUCAGGGAGUUUUAAAGAAAGGGAAGUAUGUCGGUUGAAAAAAUCAUUAUACGGGCUAAAACAAUCUCCUCGGGCAUGGUUUGGAAAGUUCACUUUGGCCAUGAAAGAAUACGGGUAUCACCAAAGUAAUGCUGAUCAUACUUUGUUCCUCAAGAGAAGAAACGGCCUUGUAACUUGCUUGAUCAUAUAUGUUGACGACAUGAUUAUUACCGGAAAUGAUGUAGAAGAAAUAGCACAACUGAAAGAGAAUCUGUUUUCAAAAUUUGAAAUGAAAGAUCUAGGGAAUCUCAAGUAUUUCCUCGGGAUUGAAGUUCUUAGGUCUAAACGAGGGAUCUUCAUUUGCCAAAGAAAGUAUGUCCUUGAUCUUCUGGCGGAAACCGGGUUGAUUGAUUGUAAACCCGCAGAUACUCCAAUGGUGGUGAACCACAACCUUCACAUGGAACUUAAUGGGGAGCUUGCGGACAAAGAAAGGUAUCAACGGCUCGUGGGCAAGCUAAUUUAUCUCUCUCACACUCGUCCUGAUAUAGCGUAUGCGGUUGGAGUAGUAAGUCAGUUCAUGCACCAACCACAAGUUGCCCACAUGGAAGCUGCUCAGAGAAUUUUAAAGUAUCUCAAGGGGACCGUAGGCCAUGGAGUGUUGUUCAAAACAAAUGGACAUCUGAAUGUUGAGCUCUACACUGAUGCAGACUGGGCAGGAGAUAAGGGGAAUCGAAGGUCAACAUCAGGAUACUUCUCCUUGGUCGGUGGAAACCUGGUUACCUGGAGAAGUAAGAAACAGAAGGUGGUUGCUCUGUCGAGUGCAGAAGCGGAAUUUAGAGGUAUAGCUCGGGGGUUAAGCGAAGUUCUUUGGAUCAGGAAGCUACUAGAAGACAUUGGUUUUUUCCAAAAGGAACCCAGUAAGGUUAUGUGUGAUAAUACGGCUGCAAUACAAAUCUCAGAAAACCCAGUACAACAUGAUCGAACAAAACACGUGGAGGUAGACCGACAUUUCAUUAAAGAGAAACUGGAGGAAAGAAUCAUAGAGCUCCCAUAUGUAUCGUCAAAAGAUCAACUCGCAGAUAUUCUUACAAAGGCCGUCAACGGAAAUGCUUUUAGUAGCUGCUUGAGCAAGUUAAGUAUUGGUGACCCCACUACUCAACUUGAGGGGGAGUGUCGGAAAUGAAAAGAUUAAGUGAAGAGGAUUUUCAGCCCAAUCACGGCUGUUUUACAGCCAAGAUUCCAGCUCAGCCAUUCAUUGCCUUUCCUUUUAUUCUUUUUUCAAUUUACUAUAAAUUGGGCAUAUGUAUGUUUAUUCAAGCAUGAACUCAGUAAUCAAAAACAUUUUUUAUCUCUA